CACUAAUGAUAUUCAAACCAUUGGCGCUAUUAUUUGAUGAUUCAGUGAUGAUUGACUCAUUUGAUGAUUCUUUUGACCGACAUUUGAUCGACAGGUUUGACCGCAAGUGGACUCAUAAUUGAGACAAAAUGUCAAAGAAGAAGGGAUUAAGUGGUGAAGAGAAGAGACACCGAAUGCUUGAACUGUUUCACCAAAAGAAAGACGUGUUUGUGUUGAAAGAGUUGGAGAAAAUGGGACCAAAAGAGAAGGGAAUAGUCAUGCAAUCCGUCAAAGACGUGGUCCAGUCGUUAGUGUCGGAUGAUUUGGUAGAGACCGACAAAAUCGGUUCUUCCACUUACUUCUGGUCCUUCCCGUCGAAGGCUAUCAAUACGAAAAUGCAACGAAAGAAAGAUUUGAUGCAAAAGAUGAAAGACUUGUCGCGAAAGUCACUGGAAUUGGAUUCAGAGCUGAAGAAAGUGGAGAUGAGUGCCGACGAGAUGGAGGCCAGAGAUAUGGCUCUCAAAGAAUUGCAUUCAUUGGAGAAUAAGAGGAAUGAGUUGAAGGCCAGACUGGAGGCGCUGAAGGACUGCGACCCCCAACAGACCCUACAAUUGAAGAGUGAUUGUGAGGUCUCCAAAGAAGCCGUCAACCGAUGGACAGACAAUGUAUUUCAAGUGAAGUCGUGGUGUAAACAGAAGUUCAGUAUUGAAGACUCGGAACUCAAUAAACAGUUUAAUAUUCCCGAAGACUUUGAUUAUCCCGAAUGAACACAUGUAUUGAACUGUCUUUUGUGUAUUAAUGGUUUCUUUCUG